GAUAGUUAAUUCGAUGUAGUUUAUUUAACACGGGAUGGACCCAAUCCUACAGUUUUUCCUCAGUCUCUCCUAUAACAAAUACAAUGCUAAGAUUCUAAGUGUCCUCUGAUGAGUGAUUGACCUGCGAUCUAUUCAGACAGUUUGGGGAUCUCAAUCCCAACAAGGGAUUCUGUGGCUUAGCCCAGCCCUGAAGGAGUGUGUCCAACUCCAGAAUCUUUGCAAAGCUGGGUGUGCUUCAGGCAGUGCUCAUAUUUUUUUUUUUCACUUUAGGUAUUGGGGAUUGUAAAUUGGGUCUUCUGCUCUAUACUAGGUGAACGCUUUCAUCGAGUUAUUUUAAGAUAGAGCCUUAAAUAAUUGUCACACAGACCCUCCUGCCCCAGAUCUCAAUUCUGUACCAUUAACCCGUCAUGAACGUGAAUUUCGAGGCACGGUUGGGAUCCUUUCCGUGCCUUUGAGACGCGCUGCCCUCAGGCUGGAUGUUCACAGAUGGAGCAAGUAUAGGUCCAGGCGGCCGCGCGGCUGCAAGCGCCGAUUGGUCAGGCCGGCCAGGCCCCGCCCCCGAGACGCGGCGGCCAAUGAGCGCGCCGAGGACUGGCGGGCGAGCACGCGGGCGGCAGCGGAGUUUUUCCGACGCCGCGGCCUGUGCAGCUGAGUCCGGAACGAAGUGCGACGCGCGGGUCUCCUCAGAGCCAUGUCUAGGCGGGAAUCCGCAGCCAACGCUUCCUCCUCGGGCGUUGCUUCCCGGAGAAGCUCGACCGGGUCCCGGGGCGCCGAACGGACGGCGACGGAGGAGGGGAACCGGAGAGGCCGGGUCGGUAGCAGGGGUGCGGGCGGCGGCUGGAGAGAGCCCGCGGGUGCCGCCGAGGCUACGGCCGCCAGCCGCCGUGAACCGCCGCUCUGCUUCGGGGUGAAGAACGAUGUGGUGGGCGCGGUGAUAGGUCGUGGUGGGUCAAAAAUUAGAGAAAUCCAAAAUACAACGAACACUAGAAUACAGGUAAUAAAAGGAAAUCCUGAGGCAGAAAUAAAAAUUUUUGGUAAUAAAGCCAUGCAAACAAAAGCAAAAACAGUGAUAGAUAAUGUUGUUAAAAAACAACAAAAUUACAUUCCAGGACACAGAGUUGAUAUUAUUGCAUUCCAACCUACUGUUGGAACAGAUACCAGUACAAGUGAGAGUGUAACGGACGACCAGCCAUUGAUAGAUUGGGAUCAAAUUCGAGAAGAUGCUUUGAAAUGGGAGAAGAAAAAGUGGGCAGAUUUACCUCCAAUUAAGAAAAACUUUUAUAUAGAGUCAGCAACGACGAGCUCAAUGUCACAAGUGCAGAUAGACAACUGGAGGAAAGAAAAUUUUAAUAUAACAUGUGAUGACUUAAAAGAUGGUGAGAAACGUCCUAUCCCCAACCCUAUAUGUAAAUUUGAAGAUGCCUUUCACAGUUACCCAGAAGUUAUGGAAAACAUUAAAAGAGCAGGCUUUCAAAAACCUACACCAAUUCAGUCACAGGCGUGGCCAAUAGUUCUGCAAGGAAUAGAUCUUAUUGGAGUAGCACAGACUGGAACAGGGAAGACACUGUCCUAUUUAAUGCCUGGAUUUAUUCAUCUAGACUCUCAACCACUAGCUAGAGAACAAAGAAAUGGACCCGGCAUGUUGGUCCUUACACCCACUCGGGAAUUAGCCCUUCAAGUAGAAGCUGAGUGUUCUAAAUAUUCAUAUGGUGAUCUUAAAAGUGUUUGUGUAUAUGGCGGUGGUGAUAGAGAUGGACAAAUUCAAGAUGUGUCAAAAGGUGUAGACAUCAUUAUUGCAACUCCUGGAAGAUUGAAUGACCUACAAAUGAAUAACUUUGUCAACCUGAAAAGUGUAACCUAUUUGGUUUUAGAUGAAGCCGACAAGAUGCUGGACAUGGGAUUCGAACCCCAGAUAAUGAAGAUUUUGUUAGAUGUACGCCCAGACCGACAGACUAUUAUGACAAGUGCGACUUGGCCAUAUGCUGUCCGACGUCUUGCACAAUCUUAUUUGAAAGAGCCAAUGAUUGUCUAUGUUGGUACUUUGGAUCUAGUUGCUGUAAGUACAGUGAAACAAAAUAUAAUCAUUACCACAGAAGAAGAGAAACGAACUCAUAUCCAGACCUUCCUAGAGAAUAUGUCACCUAAAGACAAAGUCAUUGUCUUUGUCAGCAGAAAAGCUGUUGCUGAUCACUUAUCAAGUGAUCUCAUUCUCCGACACAUAUCAGUGGAGUCUCUGCAUGGCAACAGAGAACAGAGUGACAGAGAGAAAGCAUUAGAGAACUUUAAGACAGGUAAAGUUAGAAUACUUAUUGCUACUGACUUGGCAUCUCGAGGUCUUGAUGUCCAUGAUAUCACUCACGUCUACAAUUACGAUUUUCCUCGGAACAUUGAAGAAUAUGUACACAGAGUAGGGCGCACUGGGAGAGCAGGGCGCACUGGAAUGUCCAUUACCCUUAUCACAAGAAAUGAUUGGAGGAUUGCCACUGAAUUGAUUAAUAUUCUGGAAAGAGCAAAUCAGAAUAUCCCAGAGGAACUUGUCUUAAUGGCUGAGAGAUACAAGGCAAACAAACUAAAAAGAGAGAUGGAAAAAAAAAUGGGAAGACCCCAAGGAAAGCCCCAGAAGUUUUACUAAUGCUGCGUGUAGCACUAGGUGCCACAGGUACAGUUUUAUGGUGUAGACAUUCAGAUUUCUGUCUUUUGGGUUAUUUUGUAGUUUGUUUUUUGAGAAAGAGUCUCUUUAGGUAUCACUGAAAGCCCUGGAACUUGCUGUGUAAACCACUGUCUGCCUCUGCCUCCCAAUUCUGAGAUUAAAGACAUGUACCACCACAUCCAGGAAGUCUGUCUUUCAAAACUAGACUCAGACGGUGUAUGCACUACCACCAUAAUCCUAAAAACCGCAAACUUACUAAGUGAUGAAGUCUCACUCUUUCCCCUGUUACCAAAGUCUAGUUAUGCCACUCAGGCUGACCUCACCUACCAUCCUGCAUUCACCUCCUGAGUGCUAGGGUUACAUGUGCUAGGUACAGCACUGUACAGAUGUUAGUACAGCAGCAUUCAAGGUGAUGUGGUCUUUUUCUUAAAUUGUCUUUUUAUUUAUACAAUGCUAGGUAUAACAAUAUAUAAUCCAGAAGUAAUUUACAUAUUUGAUCAAUUGACUACCAAAAAUAGCUGGCAAGCAUUUUUGUGGAAAAAUUUGACCUUUUUUUUCCAUUGUUGAUGGAGUUGUAAAUUGAUUUAUCUGUUUUGAAAACAACAUAGUGGUCUCUUAGCAACCAUAUGAUGUCACAAAUCUACUUCUGGGAAUACAUAUCAAAGAAUUAAGAAGCAGAACCUCAAAAUGUAUACCCCUUAUAUCCAUAGCAUCCUAUUAAAAAUCAGCAGCAUUCUCUUGGAAGCAAACUAAGUACAAGAAUAAGGAUUCAAGGUGGAAUUGUUAAAGCAUACAUCAAUAUGAAGAGACUUGGCUGAUUCUUAAAAUAAUAGUGUUCAAAAUGUAGAAUUCAAUGUUUUAUACUUUCUUUAAUAAAACGAUAGUUUUUAACCUUGUUGAAAUUUUUAUGGAUAUUAAGAAAGUAGUACUAAAAUAUUUUGUCUGUAAUACUUUUUAUUUUAAAAGAGAAGUUUUGGGGCUGAGCAUGGAGCUGGGUGGUAGGGUACUUGCCCAGUCUGUGCAAGACCAAGGGUUCAGUCCCCAGUCCUGCAGAAGGAAAGAGACGCUCUCCCCUGUACUGAUGCUGUGCCAGCAUCUGUGAAGUGCCUGAUGCUUGCUCAGAUUCCGUCAUGGCAGAAAAGACACUGGGAACAAAAUGUUGAGUGUGUAGUAAAAAGAAAAAUUUUAGUUUUCUAUUUUCACAUAGUGUAUUAUCUGGAUAUCCUUUGUUCAAAUAAGUAUAGCCCACCCUUUUUUUUAAGAGUGAGAAGCAAGUACACUGAGCGUGUCCGUCUACACUCCAGCCCACACUGGGCCAGCCCCUGGGAAGAUGCUGCUUCAGUCUUGUUCCUCUGACUGCUGCCCUCAGACUCUGUGUUACCUGUUCCUCUGUCAAUGACAGUUCCUUAUAUACUUAGGGACACUCAGGUGUAUGUAGCUUUACUCUUUCUGUAAGUAAUUAUAUUUGUGUGUAUUUGCUAUGUGUGACAGUGGUAGGCCAUACUCAUGUCUACAUUAUUCAUCCACAGUGUUUGCUGGGAUUGAUGGCAAGAUUAAUAAGAACCUAAUAGAAGAAAGGGUACAGUCAGAAAUCAACAGCUGAGUCCAUCAGGAAAAACAAGUAUCAGGUACAUUUGAGGUGUUCAGGACAGGGCAUCACGGUUUCUGUCUUUCCUCUUUGGUGCCCUUUGAACUGUGGCAGUUACACUUCAAUAAGGUGAGCAUAUUCAGAGAUCCCCAGGAGAUGCUUAAAACUGGACAGUACUGAACCAGAUGUGUGCUGUCCUGUAUAUACACAUCUGAACCAGAUGUGUGCUGUCCUGUAUAUACACAUCUGUGAUACAGUUUUAGAUGUGUGCUGUCCUGCAUAUACACAUCUGUGAUACAGUUUUAGAUGUGUGCUGUCCUGCAUAUACACAUCUGUGAUACAGUUUUAGAUGUGUGCUGUCCUGCAUAUACACAUCUGUGAUACAGUUUUAGAUGUGUGCUGUCCUGCAUAUACACAUCUGUGAUACAGUUUUAGAUGUGUGCUGUCCUGCAUAUACACAUCUGUGAUACAGUUUUAGAUGUGUGCUGUCCUGUAUAUACACAUCUGAACCAGAUGUGUGCUGUCCUGUAUAUACACAUCUGUGAUACAGUUUUAGAUGUGUGCUGUCCUGCAUAUACACAUCUGUGAUACAGUUUUAGAUGUGUGCUGUCCUGCAUAUACACAUCUGUGAUACAGUUUUAGAUGUGUGCUGUCCUGCAUAUACACAUCUGUGAUACAGUUUUAGAUGUGUGCUGUCCUGCAUAUACACAUCUGUGAUACAGUUUUAGAUGUGUGCUGUCCUGCAUAUACACAUCUGUGAUACAGUUUUAGAUGUGUGCUGUCCUGCAUAUACACAUCUGUGAUACAGUUUUAGAUGUGUGCUGUCCUGCAUAUACACAUCUGUGAUACAGUUUUAGAUGUGUGCUGUCCUGCAUAUACACAUCUGUGAUACAGUUUUAGAUGUGUGUUGUCCUGCAUAUACACAUCUGUGAUACAGUUUUAGAUGUGUGCUGUCCUGUAUAUACACAUCUGUGAUACAGUUUUAGAUGUGUGCUGUCCUGUAUAUACACAUCUGUGAUACAGUUUUAGAUGUGUGCUGUCCUGCAUAUACAUAUCUGUGAUACAGUUUUAGAUGUGUGCUGUCCUGCAUAUACACAUCUGUGAUACAGUUUUAGAUGUGUGCUGUCCUGCAUAUACACAUCUGUGAUAAAGUUUUAGGCACUGAGGUGAUUAGUGUUGCGUGCUUGACAGAAUCUGGAGUCACUAGGAGGCAAGCCUCCAGUUACAACUGUGCCACAUUAUUUAGAUGGGUUAAUCUCUGCCAAGGUCUUGAGGAAUUAUUUUAAGUUUACUGAGGUAAGAAGACAGCCUUACAGGAGGGCAGCAGUAUCCUAUGGGCUUGAGCUCUGGAUUGCAUGAAGAGGGAUCUAGCUGAACAUGAACACUGAUUGCUAGCUGACUCUUAACUGCAAAUGCAAUGUGACCAGCUGCUUCAUAUACCUGCAAGAAAGUCCUGCCAUGAAAAACCAAACCCUUGGAACUAUGAGGCAAAAUAAACCCCAAAUAUCUUAUCACAACAAUAGAAAAACUUAACAGAGAGGCACAGUCAAGAUUUUCAAUAGGUGUGCAGUGUUUGUGCACAUGUAUUCGAGUGCAUGUGCCUGUGAAGGCCAAAUGAGAGCAUUGGGAACCAUCCUCUAUCACUCUGUUCCUUUUAUUCAUCUAUUUAAUGUGCAUUGUUGUUUUGCCUGUAUAUAUGUCUGAGUAUGUCAGGACCCUGGAACUAGAAUUAUAGGCAGUCGUGAGUGACAGUUGAACCCCCAUCCUCUGGAAGAGCAGCCAGUGCUCUUAACUGCUGAGACAUCUCUCCAGCCCUAUACCUUAUUUUUUGAAACAGGGUGUCUUGGUAAACCUGAAGUUCAUUUUGGGUAGUCCGACUGCUCAGUAAGUUCCUGGGACACACCUGUCUCCACCCCCCCAAACAGGUUAGAGGCAUGUGCAGUCAAGGCCGACUUCUGUGUGAGUAGUGAGUAUUUGAACUCAGGUCCUCUUGUUUCCACAGCCAGAAGUCUUACCCCUGAGCCAUCUCCCUCACCCCGUUUUUUGUUUUUUUUUUUUUUUAUUUCAAGGCUUUUAAAAUUUUAUUACUGUCUGCAUGGGUUGAUCAUGCAUGCAUAACACUCCACACAUGGUAAAGAACAACUUCAUGCAGUCAGUUCUCUCCUUCCACAUCUGUGUGGGUUCUGGGGAUUGAAUUUAGGUCACCAGGCUGGCACAGUAAGCACCUUUAUCUGCUGAGCCAUCACACCAGCCCCUCCUGGAUUUUUUGGUUGGUUAAUUGGUUAGUUGUUGAGGGGGUCUUUUGGUUUUUGAGGAAGGAUCUUUGUCCCCUGGGCUGACCUUGACCACCUGCUCAUUCUACACAGUCUCAUAGUUGCUGGAGGUACCAUGCCUAUUGGAAGAGUGGGUGGCAGUGGCAUCCCAUGUGCUAGACAAGUGCUCCACCAUGAGCUGCAUCUCCAUCGCUCUCUAUCAUCGUAUAUUCUGCUGAAAAUAUGACUACAGAUUCUCUGAUUGUAGACAUGGCCUCUCCAGGAAUCUGUUACUGACCAAACCUGUUCAAGUGUAGUCACCCCUGCACUGAAUGGCUCAGAAGGAGGACUUAUUUCAGGGCCCCUUUGCCUGAGUGUUCGUAGGGCCUGCAUACUUAAUGGGAUACACAUUUCCAAUGAAACAUGCUUUCUGCUGAUGUUUCCUAUCAACAAAUUUAAUACCUUUCCCAUCUUAACAUAGCACUUACGCACAGUUGAAUUAUUGUAACAAAACUAGCACAUUUUUCCUUCCUUCAUAAUUGUACAGAUCCAUUGUUAACUAUAAAUGUUAAAAAUGUGUGGAUAUUAGUCUUCCUUAUUCAGACCAUUUUUACUUCAAUUAUUUUUAUGUGAAUGGAUGUUUAGCCUGCAUAGAUAUCUGUAUACCCCAUGUGUGCAGGACCCAAGGAGGCCAAGAGAGGGUAUCAGUUCCCUUGGGGUGGAGUUCUACCUAGUGCCGGAGCUGCAAAGAAUCGAACCAGAGUCCUCUGGAAGAGCAGCCAGUACUUUAGCCAACAAGCUACCUCUCCGGUGACCAUUUCACUUUUUUAAAAGCAUUGCUACCUUCCUGUUUGGCAUACACAGGUUGCUGAUGUUGGUACUAUUGCGUUUUGGAGCCAUUACUAAGUAACAUAGGGGAUUCACAACACAAGGACUGCAAUGAUACAAUGUGAUGACUCAUUGUGCAAUUGUGGGAGCUGGAGAGAUGGCUCAGUGGGUUGCUCUUGCAGAGGACUCAGGUUCAAUUCCCAGCACUGACAAUGCAGUUCAACCACCUGUAAUUCCAGUUUCAGGGAAAUUGACCCUCACAUGACCUCCACAGGCAUGUAUAUACACACAUACAUUAAGGCAAAGCACUAGUACUCAAGAAAUCUAAGAUUUUUAAAGAUCCCAUUAUGUAAGUUAUAAGGUAGCAUAUACAGCAUGGAUAUGGUAGACAAAGGAAUGGUGCUUACCCUAGUAAGAUGUGAGCAGGACACUGUAGAGUAGAUUGAUACAAUAUUCUAGCAUACCACUCGGAAUAACAUACAACUUGAAACUUUUUUUUUUGAGUUUUCCAUUUCAUGUUUUUUGACCACAAUUAGACUAUCAGAAAUCAUGGAAAGCAAAAUCGCAGUUGUUGUAUUGUAUAUAAUCAUUAAAAGCCAAGUGUAGGGACAGUGACCUGCUUCUCUGAGAGCGACAGCUGCAGGCACUGGGUAGCUUCUAUCAUUGUAUCGUUCUAUCUUUGUCUUACAGAGCAUGCACCCAAGUAUUGAGGUGAUAGGAGAACAAUCGGAGCUCUAAUAACCUUCCUUUUUUAAAAAAUGCUUUUUAAAGUGGUAAAGCCCUUGGCCAGCAUCUGUGGGGUUCCAGGUUUGUGGCAGGAAGAAAAAAACCAAAAACCUGCAGUCAUCAGGUUGAAGAUGAAUUGGCAAUACUUUGGAGCUGGGAAGUUGGCUCCGUAGUCAGGCGUACACUAGCUGGGAAUAAAGACACUCAGUGAUUGAGAACUCUGGCCAGGGCGGAGGAGUCUGCCCAACUGCCGCCCCAUCUAGGUCCUGUCGCCCUCCCCACCCAAUGGAGGCUUAAUGUGAUUACUCGCUGCAGUGACCAGGGCCGGUACCAAGCGCUGCCCCAUCUGUACCUGAGAGAGACAGUCUGCUUCCUGGGGGUGCUGCACUGCCAGGAAGACGCAGGCUUGGCUUCCAAGAGGCCUAGAUUGACCCGGUGACCUCUCUGGCCAUCCUGGCCUUGGUCAGCACUGGCAACCAAGAUGUUGAUCCCCUGGAGGGGGAGGGAGCGUGGUUUGUGUUGAGGCUGCAGCCCCUUCUCACCUACGGCCUGGGCCCUGCUACCUCAUAGGGAGCGACCUGACCACGCUGCCUGUGGAAGAACCGGUAUUGUCCACAGGUGAGGUACUCAUGGUUUCACUGGAUAGACUGCUCCCAGAGACUGACUCCUAAGGCCAAGACCAUAGUGUGGUAGCAGGAGGUCAAGGCACCAGAAGUCAGAGAUCUAGGCUACCAGCACUUGCUACAGACUUGAUUUCCUGGGCAGACUUUCCAUGGAGAACAGAGCUCCUUCAAGGCCCCAGUAAGCACCCUACUGAUGCUGCUGCCCACUCCAGUUCAGACAUGCACACAGUUCACUGUGGCUGGAAAACACUUGACUGGGCUCAAGCUGCUUAAUUGCUCUUCCCAGGAAGAGAUCUCCAUCUGGGAUAUGCUAAUCCUCCCCAACUUCCAACGCCAGUUAUCUGCCUGGCAUGCCUGAUGGCUCUGGGCUGCUGGUGGACAAUAUCUGUUAGCAGUCCAGGGAAGUCUCCAUGGGUACCUUCUGUCGACUUCCUGGUAGUUCUGGCUACUUCCCCUGUCCAUUUAGUGCCCUGGACGAACACAACUUUCUGCUUCAGCUGAGAGGGGGUGAGCAGCCCCCUCCUGGGGCUAAGGAGGGUCUUGAAGUCCCCUUGAUUGCCACCCCAAAGCUGCCUUUCACCCAGAGCAUCCUCACUCACUACUGUCUGCCCAGUGUCUGCCUAGACAGUACCUGCUUUGUGAUGAUUACUUCUUGUGAGUCCCCUGUUCAGACCUAAGAGCAUUUCACUGUCACCUACAUGCUCCUUAACAACCUCCAAGACUUCCCUGCUGUGAGGAUUGUGUGGACUCCGGAACACAUAAAGGCUGGAAAGGAGCUGUAUGAGAGGGAGCAUCAGGCCACAUGGUCAGCCAUAACCUUGGCUUCUCCCGAAAGGCGGAGGUGGCAUAAUUACCUUCAGUGAGGCCUUCCAGUUGCUAAGGACAGAACUCUGAGGUGGGCCCAGUGUUGGGUAGAAUAGUCAGGGUUCUUAGCUCGAGAGGGGAAAUGUCUUAGGUAGCACUAGAAGGCUGGGCACAGGAAAGGUGGAAACUGAGUCCUACCUGAGAAGGUCUGCAUCUUCUGACCCAGCUGUGCCAGCACCUGAAACCGAAGCUCCAGUUCACCGCCAGUGUGUCCCACCCACUCUUCCCCAAAAGUGCCCCAGCCUUCUGCUGUCCAGGAUCUGGUGGAGAGACACCAGGCCUGUCUAGGCCAUUCUCAGUCUUUGUUCCACCAACAGCCUUCUCAUAGUUCCACCUCAUAAGGAAAGGGACCUGGACUGAUGUCAGCCUGACCAAGAAGGAAGUUGGAAUCAGGAGCAGGCCACUGAGUGGGAAGCUGUACCCUCACAAAGCCCACAGUCUCUGUCUUCUUCCAGUUUACUUUCUGACUACAUCUUCUGGCUCAAGUGAAACUAUUAAAGGCAAUUUGAGAGAAGAAAAAGAACACUGGCUGUUCUUGAAGAGGACCCAGGUUCACCACUGAACAUUUCAAAUGGAUAAAGUGGGAACAACUACAGAACGCUGAAGCAGGCUCCUGCAACAAUACAUGCAACAAAGUACUGGAAAGAGUGGAAGCUCACCAGCUGUCCCUGGAGAACGCGCUUAGAUGCAGAGUCAUCCCCUGUCCCACGCCCGUCUCUCCGCGCUAGGUACCAUUGCAUUUGUAAAAACACACACAGAAUGAAAAUAAAUAAAAAUAAAUUACGUGCUUAUGCACACAUGAUAAAGUA